AUGGGCUGCUGCGCCUCUGUACUGUCGCGCACUGACGACGAACCCUCAAUUCGACAUCAAACCCAGAAUCGCACCAGCGGCCAGGCAAAUUCCUCGGAGCAUCGGGUGCCAAAUCUCCCUCUGAAAGAACACUACAAUGAACCGAUACGUGCUCAUCUGUGGACUAGUAAGCGGCGGACCUGGACGCGCGCACAGCUAGAUCGUGAGCGAGAUGAGUUCUUCGAUACGCGUGUCACGGGGCGGGCGGAGAUCUGGGCUGCAGUCUCCACGGCUAUUGCACUAAUGCGUUCCGGCGAUAUCACCACCGCACAGGGCAUCGUUGAUGCUGCCGGCAUUACCGUUCCGACGGGGAAUCUCUGCGAAGGGUGCUACGAUGAGCAGGGUGUGCUUUACAGACUGCCACAGUGUAUCGUCAGUGAUCCAGAGAACAUGAUUGCUUCCCACGAGGAUGAGGAGGACCAUGCCGAUGAAGAUUACCAGGAGCUCUCCGAUGGUAAGCUUGCGACAGACGACGCCUCCGGGGACGAAUUGAUAUCUGACGCGGAACGACGUCGUGAUGAGAAAGGGAAGACCAGUGAACAUAAUCUGAUUCGCGUUUUGGCUCGGUUGAGUGAGGGUGGUCCGGAUCUUUCGCUCGCUGUGAACAAGAGCCAGACCGUGGGUUAUUUGGCCAGAAAAGUGCAUCAUGAAGCGAAGCUUGAUAAGAACAAAAGGGUCCGCAUUGCGUACCUGGGCCACUUCCUGAAUGAGAGACAACCCUUGAUCGAGCAGGGAUGGCAGGACGGCCAUGUUGUCAAUGCAUUGGUCGUGGCGCCUAAUUAUAACCCUCAAUCUAGGCGCCGACGUUAG